UGAUGUCUCAACGUCAGCACUGACAUUGCCAUCAAGAAGGACGACAAAUAAAGAAAAUCAUAUACAAAAAAUAAGGACUACACGUCCGGAAUAUUAUACUGUGUCUUUGAAUCAGAAUAAUUAGUGCUGCUGCAAAAUGUAUGGGUUGAUAUUGGAAAAUAUGUCGGAGUAUAUUCGACAAAGAUAUGGUGAAGAAAAGUGGGAAGAAAUACGAAGACAAGCAGCUGUAGAACAACCAAGUUUCAGUGUCCAUCAAGUUUAUCCUGAAAAUUUUAUCCCACGGCUUGCUAAAAAAGCUAUUCAAGUACUUGGCAUCACAGAAAAAGAAUUUUUCGAUCAAAUGGGAGUUCAUUUCGUUGGAUUUGUUGGUCAGUACGGAUACGACAGAGUAUUAUCAGUAUUGGGACGUCAUGUUCGUGAUUUUUUGAAUGGACUAGAUAAUCUUCAUGAAUAUCUGAAAUUUUCAUAUCCGCGAAUGCGUGCCCCUUCUUUUAUUUGUGAAAAUGAAACUCGACAAGGGUUAACACUUCACUACAGAAGUAAACGUCGUGGUUUUGUUUAUUAUACCAUGGGUCAAAUUCGAGAAGUCGCAAGACAUUUUUAUCACAAAGAUCUUCAAAUUGAACUUGUUAGAGAAGAAGUGCUUUUUGAUACGGUCCAUGUAACAUUUCAAUUGACAUUUGACAAUCGUGCAUUCACUCUUGCUUCACUUGCUAUGACUCGUGAAGAAAAACACUUACCUAUUGGUGCUUCUGUUUUAUUCGAAAUUUUUCCAUUUUGCAUUGUGUUUGGAUCAGAUAUGAUUGUCAGAAGUAUUGGAAAUUCUUUAAUGGUUAUUUUACCUGAUUUAGUUGGCAAGAAAAUUACCCAUUGGUUCGAUUUAGUAAGGCCUCUUAUUGCCUUCAAAUUUCAAUCGAUCCUAAAUAGAACAAAUAAUAUUUUUGAGUUAGUGUCAGUAGAGCCAGUAUUAACAGAGCGUCCAACAUAUCGCAAAUCAAACGCCAUAGUAUUAAGUGAUGAUAGUUUAAAUUCACCAGAUGAUAGAACUCUAAGGUUAAAAGGUCAAAUGAUUUACAUGGACAACUGGAGAAUGAUGAUGUAUCUUGGUACACCUGUGAUGCCAGAUCUCAAUGCUUUAAUUGCUACUGGUUUAUAUAUAAAUGAUCUUUCGAUGCAUGACUUCAGCAGAGAUCUCAUGUUAGCUGGAACUCAACAAUCCGUAGAACUGAAGCUUGCUCUUGAUCAAGAACAAUUAAAAAGCAAAAAGCUAGAAGAAUCAAUGAGAAAAUUAGAUGAAGAAAUGCGCCGUACUGAUGAGCUGCUUUAUCAAAUGAUACCGAAACAGGUUGCAGAUCGAUUGAGAAAUGGAGAAAGCCCAAUAGAUACUUGCGAGAUGUUCGAUAGUGUGUCAAUACUUUUUUCAGACGUUGUGACAUUCACAGAAAUUUGUAGCCGACUUACUCCAAUGGAAGUAGUAUCAAUGCUUAAUGCGAUGUACUCCCUCUUUGAUACACUUACCGAAAGAAAUCGUGUUUACAAGGUUGAGACGAUUGGAGAUGCUUACAUGGUUGUUUCUGGAGCUCCAUCUAAAGAAACUGAUCAUGCUGAUCGGGUUUGUGAUAUGGCUUUGGAUAUGGUUGAGGCAAUUACGGAUUUAAAAGAUAGAUCAACUGGGAAUCAUUUACAGAUUCGUAUCGGUAUUCAUAGUGGUGCAGUAGUAGCGGGAAUCGUAGGUCUAAAAAUGCCUCGAUACUGUUUAUUUGGUGACUCCGUAAAUACUGCUUCGAGAAUGGAGGCCACGAGUGAGGCCAUGCAAAUUCACAUAUCUCAAUCUACUAAAGAAUUACUUUCACCCUCGUAUAAAGUCAAGGAACGCGGAGAAAUACAGGUCAAGGGAAAAGGAUCAAUGAAAACUUAUUGGCUAGAAAAACGUUCAGCACGAUUGAAUGUAACGAAAAAUAUUACUAUUCAAGAGCCAUUACAAUGGAUGAAUAGAAUAACAGAUAAACGUAUAUUAUCGAGUAAUAUCACAAGUAGUAUUGAAGAGAGAUCUUUAUCGACACCACAUCCAUUAACUGAUAGUCAUUCAUACGUUGAUAUGUCAAUGAAAUCACCUAGUUCGCGAAUAUCUUCUCCAACACCUUUCGGAUCAUCAGGAUUAAUUUCUGAUGAACGAAGAAUGUAUUCACCUAUUACUUUUCAAGAUGUUGCUCGUCGUUCUGAAGCUAAUUCUCCUACAAAGACGUCCAAUAUUUUAGAAAUGAGAUCAAAUUCAAUUAAUGAGCCUCCAACGACCUGUAACUCACCCAACAUCUUUGGAUCUCUAAUCAACGACACGGAAAAACACUUUCGUUUGCAUAGAGAUAGUUCAUGUUCUCGAGAACAAUCAGCCUUAGUCCACGGAAAAACUGAGUCCAAACAACGAAGUACAAUAUCAACAACAAAUACAAGCAUAUCUUCAGAUACAUCACAGGAAACUGUACCACCAUACGAUGAUGAUGUUCAUUCGGUGUUGAUGAGUGCGUUUUGUCCUGCAAUGGAUAGCAGUGAAUCACUGACGAAUUCCCAAUUAUUAGUCAGAUCAGACCAAUGUUGUCCAGGUUUUGUAAUAUCAAAAGGUGGAAAAACGAAACAUCAAGGCAAUGGAUGUAGUAUUUGUUAAAGAUUAAAUAUUUCACAUAAUUUAUCAAAUUGCUCUGUUUGUCGUAUAAUGAAUUAUGUAGCUCUCUUUACAUUAGUAUCAAUAACCAUAAAACAAUUGAAAUCAUAUUGCGAAUGUAAUAAUUUAAUACCAUUUAAUGAAAUACAUGUGUAUCAUUUGACAAUAAAUACAAGCAACUGCAUACAUUGCAAAUCUAAAUACUCUACAAGUCAUUAUAAUGAACAACGAAUUUAGAUGAAAAUAACAGGCAUCAUUUACAUAGUUGUAGAUUUGCAAUGUUAUUGCAUGAGUAAUCGAAUAAUUCAACGAAAAGUCUUUUAAUUAGAUAAUGUGUAUUUAUUUAAACAAUAGU